CUCUACCGCCAAAAUGUCCAUGACAUAUGUCACGGAUGUUUGUUGAACAUUCAGUGUAUCUUGCAUGAUUGCAAAAGAAUCUAACAGAUUUGAGUGUGAAGCUGUUUUCGCUUUUUCGCUGAAUAUUUUUCAAAAGUUGUUUGGAAAACUCUGGAAAUGGAGGACGUAGACGAGCAAUUAGCCGAAGAGCUACGUCUCAAGAGAAUUUGUCGUUUCUGUCUAACACAAGAAGAACCUUUGGGCGAUAUUUUCGAUUGCUUAUCAACAAGCCCUUCUAAAAUGAAGACGACGCCUUUGACGCUGCAGAUAAUGGCUUGCGUAUCGAUUGAGGUGUAUAAAGAUGAUGGCAUGCCAAGCACAAUUUGUGAUUCUUGUCGGCAAUUGAUGGAUCAUUCUUACAAGUUUAAGCAAAUCUGCAAAAAAGCCGAUACGUUACUCAAAACGUACCCACUAACAGGAGUAUGGCCCGAAAAGUUGCAAUUGCCAGUAAAUUUGUUUAAGAAUGCUCAAACCAGUCUUCAAAUGCAUAGUACCAAAUCAGUAAGUCGUGCUCAAACCACAGUAACGAACAGUAAAAAUAGUGAAGGUAAGAUCAUGCGCAAAACGGUAACAGUCCUACCUCCCUCGCCGGUCGAACAAUUAACGACAACUGCAUCUUCCAAAGAGCAGCAUGUUUCUCCGUCAAGAGAUCAGGAAGAUGUCAAACCCAGAAUUGUUAAAUUGAGCAUCGAAGAUUUAAGAAACAUAAAGCAGGGCGCUUUAGUGAAAAAAACUAAUUUGAUUCAAAAGAAGUCAUCUCCGGUUAAGAACAAAACAGUUGAAGUUAUUCAAUCUCAACUUCUAGUCCCAGCAUACAGCUCUUCAAAAAAAAGUCCAAUGAAAAAAUCUGCCGGUCAGUUACCAAAAUCAAUUAUGAAUAGUAACCUGAACGAUCCGAAACCAGUGUUGCUCAAUAGUUUGAAACCAACAAAAGUAACAGAGGAGCAUUUUGUACAAACAGCAGAAGGAAGGCUUGAAAUAAUUUCAAUGGAAGCACCGGAAUCUGUUCAGAUGGAAGCUAGCGACCCCAUGAAAAACGCACCUCUGGUAAAAACUAAUGUUUUCCCUUGCUCUGAAUGCGAGCGGUCUUUUCCCCUGCGACAAUUGCUGGAUAUCCACAUGAAAAAUCAUAAUCGAGAACGUAAUCAUCCAUGUGAAUUGUGCGAUAAAAGAUUUUUCAGCAAGUAUGAUUUAGCAAAGCACAAUCUGACUCACACAGGAUUGCGUCCCUAUGUUUGUAUCAUAUGUAAUGCGGCUUUCUCACGGUCUACACUCUUGACGAGACACCAAAAGGUUCACAAGGAUCAACCCAAAUUUGUUUGCAUGUACUGUGAGCGUACUUUCCUUUCAAAUGACGAACUGCAGAAGCAUGUUGUGAACCAUCAGAAAAUGCGUCCGUUCCAGUGCCAAAAAUGUCCGAAGAGUUUUGCCUACAAGCAAGGAUUAGAAAGGCAUGAGGUUGUUCAUUCAAGCAAUCUACCGUUUCCUUGCGAGCACUGUGAUCUAAGUUUUGCUAGCGCUGGAAAGCUUGCCCGCCAUUUGACUGCGCAUGCCGGAAGCAGACCUUAUCCUUGCAGACUGUGUUCGAGAUCAUUUAUGCUCAGCCACCAUCUCACACGGCAUUUACGGGGUCACCAGGGUGGACAAGGAUCCUACAAAUGUGUCGAAUGUGCAGAGAUCUUCUGUGGUCAGGAUGAUCUUAUCUACCAUUCGGCUGUUCAUGCCACGCAAUCACUAACUUGCCCACUUUGUCGAGAGCAAUUCGAAACUGUUCGUAUGGUAACAGAUCAUAUAAAACUUCACUCAGAAGGACUGCAAUACGCUUGUGAUUAUUGUGAUUUAUUGUUUCACACUGAAGAGCGGUUGGAUAAUCAUUGCCAACAAGAACACUUAUCAGUAUUGGCUAUGGAUCGCACAGUUUCGGAUUCGACUUCAUUCGAAGAAAGUGUUGAACCAAGAUCUGAAUUUAUCACAAUCGAAGAAAUCAAUAUACGCACUGAUGGUAGCAAGGUGAUUACUACAUUCGUAGACGGAGAGGAACGAAAUAAAAUGAUCGUUGGCAGCCAACCGUUGCCACAUACUUUAAAAACAGAAUUUACCGCCGAAGAUGCAGAAAUUCGAGAUGAAAUUUCUGAAGAUGCAUUUGAAGAAUCGCAAACCGAGGGAGGUUGUUUCUACGAGAAUGAUGGAAUUGGAGAAUCUACGAAUGAAAAAUCCAGUGAAAUGCCUACAAGAAGCGAAUCUACAAAAAUCCUUCCUUCGGAGAAAUCACCUCUUUCUCCAAAAAUACUUAAUGUAAAAACUGCAACACAGUCAAAGCUAGACACAUUUUUCAAAAAAUCUUCUCCUAUCACUAAAAAAGAUACCGAUGAUUCUGUCGGUGCGGCUUUGAAAAAACUUCCAAAAGGAGUUGUAGUUAAAACAACAAUGAGUAAGCCUAACACAACAGGACAGCUUCCAGGGAAACCAACUAUGUCAACUACAACGUCAUCUAAUGCUUCUAUCACUGAAUCUUUGAGGGUGAAAUCAACACCCUCUAAAAAAGAAACAAAAGAAAGUCCAAAGCUGCCUCAAAAAACAACAACGAUUAAAAAGGAACCAGUCCAAUCUCCUCCUAAAUCAGCAACUAAACGGCCUCAUUCACCGGAUUCAUCACCUAAAACACCGCAACCACCAACAAAGAAAUCUGCCAUAGAAUCUACUAAAUCAGUCGUUCCAGUGGCAACUAAAAGUACACCGAUCAAGUCGACGUCGAAAUCCGAUGCUUCGCACUCAGUUGUUAAAAAGGGUGGAACUUUCGAGAUGAAAAUUGGAAACAAAAUGGUUAAGGUCCAGAAAGUGGUGAUGACUAAAGCAGAAGUGGCAGCGAUGACUCGUGAUGGUAAAAUCGAAAUGCAAGGCAACACAAUGAUUUUGAAGCAGCCAAAAGUAAAAAAGUAAACAUUUUCCCUCACUGGCUUAAAUCUGACUAUAUAAGAAUGUACAACUAUUAUCAACUUUUAAAGAACUUUGACUAAAUAGAUAAAGAAAGAUACAUGACAUUUUAAUUUUCUACUUAAUCUAUUCCAAAAUUUUGCCCCAAAUUUAAUAU